GGUGUGUAUUCCUUUUCCAUGACACGUUUCCGGUGAACCGCAUUGUGUGAUGAGUCGUCUGAGGUAGAGUCAGAUCAGCUGAUAAAUAGAGAUGAGGAGAGAGAGAGAGCAUCUUUGUGCUGAGGGUCGCUGCUGCUGCACCAUCUCCCUCCUCUUCAUCCUCCUCAUCCUCUUCAUCAUCUCACGAUGUUCCCCACGCUGGUCCCCUUCGUGCUGCUGGCCGUGCACGCGGCUCUCUUGGACGGCGCCCUGACCUUUAAGCAGACGGACCCGGUCACGGGCACGCAGCUGGUUUGCGAGGGCUGCGCUCCGGGGACCUUCCUGCGUGCGCGCUGCACGACGACGAGCAGGAGCGAGUGCGCGCCGUGCCCGGCGGGCUCCUACACGGAGAUAUGGAACUACAUCAGGAAGUGUCUCCGCUGCAGCGUGUGCGGCCGCUACGAGGUGACGCGCACGGCCUGCACCGCGCACAGCAACACCCAGUGCGCGUGCAAAGAGGGAUUCUACUUCGAUAAACAGACCGAGCUCUGCUUGCGCCACAGCGCGUGCCCGUCCGGACAGGGGGUGCUGAGCAAAGGUACAUCGGACCAGAACACCGUCUGCCACGUCUGCUCCGACGGAACCUUCUCCGACAGCGUCUCUGCUCAUCACAACUGCACCAGGGCCAAGAGCUGCGACGGCGCCGGGCAGCACCUGCUGCUCAGGAGCGCCCCCUGGCACGACAGCGUGUGCACGAGCUGCGAAGAGCUCCGAGACGGAGCCAGCUACCUCAGAGAAAUCCUCCCGGCGUACUUCCUCCACCACUCACUGUCCCUCAAGCGGUUGCGUCGGCUCGUACAACACCUCCCCUCCGAGGGCGGCAGGAACCAGGGAGCAACGGCAGAUCUGGAUAUCCCAGAGCUCAACGCCCGCCUGAACACCUGGAUCGCCUCCGCUGCCGAGGAGCAGAUCCGUCAGCUUCCGGCCGUCCUCAGGAGAGUCGGCUCGGGGACGUCCCGGGACCGGCUGCACAACAAGCUGCAGAGGAUGGACGCGGCCCUGCAGCAGCUGUGUGGAGCCCAGGGGAACGAGGUGGAGCCGGUGUAAUGUCAGAGUAGGACGAGGUAGCAAACAUCUGGACGCAGGUUUCAAGGCUUGACCAGUCCAGGGGUUUUUCUUAAAUCAAUAAACUUGUUCUGAUCGACAUGCACUUUCAUUACAGGCUCUGUUUUUUACUUUUUGCUUUAGUUAAAGGAGGAAACCGGUCCCUCCGAGGUAAAGUGACUUUCUUUAAAUGAAUUCUCUCCUUCCUGUUUCCCAGCAUUCCAGUUGCUCUUCUGUUUACUCUGCGUGACACAGAGCUGCUGCCGGGGAUGGUGGAAGGAACACAGAUGUUUUAUAGAACCAGGUCAGCUGGUCCAGGAAAGAGUGGAGGGUUAGACAAAGUGGAAACCGUCUGACUUUAGUUUUUGGGUUCCAUCCCUCUCACGUAUGAAUGGAAGUACAUGCAUGUCCCUAAUUGCAAUUUGAAAGUUAUAGAUUUUUAAUAUAUUGCACGUGAGCGUAGCGGCUACAGGGGGAUGACUCUUCAGAGAAGCUGGCGGCCUUCAGUGUAUCUACCUCUUCUUCCUGUGUGAUGAUUAAACAUGUGAGUUUAUUACAUAAUUUAUUAUGUGUGCAGAGUGUGGCUCCUGUUGUUCGCCACUCCUUAUAUUUUUAUAGCCAGAGUUGUAUAUGAGUGAAGUUUGUGUUACUGCUUUAAAUCAUGCGCAAAUAAAAUUGAAUACACAAUAUAA